AGGGAGAUAUGAAGAGUGAGAAAGAAAUAGAUCAAGACUGAAGUCAGCGCGACCGUAAGGCCAAACCAGCGGUCACUCUUUCGUGCGUUUCUGUGAGGCGACAUGAAACUCCUUCUGGCUCUCGCUGCGCUCCUCGGGGCCGGCCUGUCCGCGGCCGCUCCUUUGGAUGAAGACUAUGGCUAUGUGACAGUCCGUCCCGGUGCCCACAUGUUCUGGGUAAUGUAUCACACAGAACAGGAGGGCGACUACACCAAGUUCCCACUCAUUAUGUGGCUCCAGGGAGGCCCAGGGGCUUCGGGCGUCGGAUACGGAAACUUUGAAGAGCUCGGUCCGUACGACAUUAAUGGAAACCGCAGAGAAGGGGCGUGGACCAAGAAGGCCAACGUGAUGUUCGUGGACAACCCUGUCGGAACCGGGUACAGCUAUGUUGACAACUUCAGUGAUCUGACUGUAGACAACGCCCAGAUCGCUGCUGAUCUCGUGGUGCUUGUCAAGGAAGCCUUCAAGGUUAAUCCCGACAUGGAAAGAAUGCCCUUCUAUGUAUAUGCCGAAUCCUAUGGAGGCAAAAUGACCGUCGACUUCGCGCUAGCCUUUGAUCAGGCUAUAAAAAAUGGCGAAGUUGUGAGUGACUUCCGUGGCGUAGCCUUAGGAGACUCGUGGAUCAGUCCAAUGGAUUCUGUCAAUACCUGGGGAAUGUUCCUCUACCAGAUGGGCUUCGUCAAUAUCGAAGGUCUGCAGAAGGUGGACGCGGCGGCCCUCAAGACCCAGGAGGCGGUGGACGCUGGUAGAUGGUCUGAUGCUACUGACGAAUGGAGCAACACUGAGCUUGUCGUCAUGGACGUGGCUCACAACGUCAAUUUCUACAACGUACUUGCCGAAGAUGACAUCUACCGGGACAACACUAAACCGCAUUCUCUUGGCCUUUCUUUCAUGCCGGAAAAACUUCGCCGAUUGUACAAGCAUCACGUCCUGAGCAGGCACCAAACCCGCGAUCUUCUGGGUGACUUCAUGAACGGAGCGCAGGCCGAGCACUGGAACAUCCCUCCCGAAGUGGAAUGGGACGCCCAGGGCGGGAUGGUGUUUAGCGCCCUCGCUGGGGAUUUUAUGAAGCCAGUUGUUGACUCAGUGAUACAGUUGCUCACUGAGACAAAUCUUCACGUUGCUGUUUUCACUGGGAAUCUCGACCUCAUCUGUGACACUCCAGGUACUUAUCGCUGGAUUGAGAACAUGGAGUGGCCAGGCAAGCCCAAUUUCACGGCUACGGACACGGUCCCCAUCUACAUAUCGGCUUACUCUGCUCCUGCAGCCUUCGUCCAGAAAUCCGGACAGUUCUCAGUGUACACCAUACUGCGCUCUGGACACAUGGUUCCGAUUGAUGCUCCUGAGAUGGCUCUUAAGAUGAUUGACAUGAUCACGGCAUCCACAUCUAAGAACUACACACCAGAGAAAGAUAUCUCAAAAGUAGGUCAGUCGCCAAACGAAACUAAAGAAGCAGUGGCAAAGGUGACACCGAAGACAAAGAAAGCAUCCCCCCGAAAGGCAAAGCAAGCAGGGAAGUCCAAAGGGACCCCCAACGCAGCGCGCGCGAAGGUGCUGGCCGCGCACCCGAACCCCGCCACGCCGACCGGGAAGCGACUCUCCAAACUAGUGCCUGCUGCGAAGGCCCUUCACUGAGGAGUCUCAGCCACAAGAACAAGUCGUAGGCAUCAUCACUUGUUCUUACUAUCUUUACAUGAUCGAUUGAUUAGGAUAUUCUUUGGAAAAUAAAUCGAGAUCGUUGUC